AUGCAGCAACUUUUUACACCUCCCACUGAUGUUGAAUCAAUUCAAAUAUGGGAUUGUGUAGAUGUACUUGUGGGGGAGCACAUAGGCAAGUGUGGCAUCGUGCGUUGGCUGCCCAAGAGAGGAGACAGUCUGUGGUUCCAGGACGGAACAUUGUACAUUCCGGUUCCCAUUGCAGUUGUUCAGCGGACACACCUCCCACACCUUCAGACAUUACAGUUCACGAAGGACAAGGGCUAUGAUGUCAAACCUGGAGACAUUGUGAGAGUCGCCUGUGGGCCAGAAUAUCAGAUAAAAGGGAUCGUGCGAAGCGUCGACUUUCCGAAUGCUCGUUUGACCCUACUCUCUGACAUCGAUCAUUCACUCGUUGAUGUUCCCAUCUCAUUCAUGAUGAAAAUACACAAUGCCAGCCUGGAUUCCUUCAAACAGGACAUCAGACAAGAAGUAUUCAUCAUUGGGGGUGACCAUAAGGGUUACCGAGCUACGCUCUACAGUCUCACCGUAGAGAAAUGUACAAUUGCUUUGCAUGGGCAGCAACACACUACAAUUCCACUCGAGAACGUUGCCACAAGGUAUGGAAGGAGACUAAAUGGUGCAAUGCUCGAAGGAAUAGACAUGUUGUCUUUCUGUGAGAUGCGGAGAAAAUCGUACCUAGCCCCACAACCUCGAAGUGUCACCCCCCCACCUGAAAAGGCUCACUCUAGCUCGUUGACUGCAAUUGCAGAUCCUGGCACAUUCUCAUCCGCCUGGACCAACUGGACCACCAGCCCCGAGGAUCAGGCUUGCAGUCCUUUGCCCAGCAUUAAUCCCAGCUCUUUGACUGCCGAUCCGAAACCCUGGACUGUUGAUACACUAGAUAACAUUGAUUCUCGAUCGGAGAAACUCAAAGAGGGCCCACUAGCUUGGCUAAUGACGAAGGAAUUUUCCUCCAAGUUCACCACGUAUCACGUGAUGUUAAAAGUCUCGCCCUCCUUCAUGAGAGGCAGGCUACACAAUCAAUUUGUGUCAACCGCUUGUCCUGAUCCCUUCCUCGGUCUGAAUGGACCCGCCCCCGAGGGCUGUGUUGCAGUGUUCUGUUCAUCGAACGGUGCAGGCACUGCCAUUCAGCACUAUCACAUACCUAUCACAGAUCUAAGCCCAGUUCCUCCUCGCAAAAAAAAACCAAGAGUGCAUUGUUCUAGAUGGGAGUCAUCGCGGUUCCAUCUCUACUAUAGCUAA